ACUGACAGUCGGGUGCUCAGACGCUUCCUCGCCGCACUCGCGUCGUCCAGACUGUGGCCUUCGAUACCUUUUUUUUUUUUUUUUGGCGAAGUGCCCCCGACUCCCGUCAUUCAUAAUAACUCAUUUUGUAUAUCUAGUUUGUUUUUAUACCGCGUGAGGAAGAAUGUCGUCCGAAGCCCCCGAGUACUCCCCGUUCUUCGCAGUGAUGGGCGCCUCCGCGGCGAUGGUGUUCAGCGCCCUGGGAGCGGCUUAUGGCACAGCUAAGAGCGGCACGGGAAUCGCCGCCAUGUCCGUGAUGAGACCAGAGCUCAUCAUGAAGUCCAUCAUCCCCGUGGUCAUGGCGGGUAUCAUAGCCAUCUAUGGCCUGGUAGUAGCGGUGCUGAUUGCCAACAACAUCUCAGAGAGGGUCACCCUCUACAAGAGUUUCCUUCAUCUGGGAGCUGGGCUGAGCGUGGGCCUCAGUGGGCUGGCAGCAGGCUUCGCAAUCGGCAUCGUGGGCGACGCGGGCGUGAGAGGCACAGCUCAACAGCCGAGGCUUUUUGUGGGCAUGAUCCUCAUCUUGAUCUUCGCCGAGGUCUUGGGUCUCUACGGGCUCAUUGUCGCCCUCAUUCUCUCCACGAAAUAAACGCCCAAACAUCUCCACUACAAGAUCUGUCCUUUAUGUUGCUGCUGGAGAAAGUGUAAAAUGGGGUGGGGUUCUAAACAGAAGAAAAAAAUCUGCCAUACAAGAAGUGAAAGUGGGGGAAAAAGGAAUUAAAAUGGCUCCAUAAAUAUGGUCUUAUCUCAACAAUAUGUACAGUCGUCCUAAUUUGAUAGUCAACUUGUAAAUGCGCAAUGUAGUGAUUUGUCUGUCUUGUGUGUUUCAAACCAAAUGUAUGAAGAAGAAGAUUCCUUAUUUUUCCCUCCACUUAUUUCCGGCCAUGAGGCCGGUGAGGCAGCUCCAGGUCUCCAGCUGACCAAAGGGCCACACAGCCUUUUCUCCUCCCAUAUUAAUUUGGGAGUUAAAAUUCUGCAUUAAUCUUAAUGAUCUAUUUGUAAAGAGAAAUGUGUCUGGACUUAAGAUUUUUUUUUUCUGCUGAUUUUAUUUAUAAGAAAUUGUUCAUUGAACUAUAUGAUGCAGCAAAAGUCUUUAAUUCCCCAGGAUAUAUUAAACAUAUAUAUAUGGAGAUAUAUAUAUGGAGAUAUAAAUGUCUAUAUAGAUAGAUUUAAUGCACUGUGGGUUAAAUGUGAUAAGUGGUUGGAAUUCCUCUGGAUGUAAUUCUUGGUUUAAUUAAGAUUGCCUUUAGUAUGUGGCUGGUGGAGUGGGGGUUUUGUGUGUAGCUGUAUUCUAAUCAUUACGCAAACUUUCUCAAACGUCAGUGUUUUCCUGUAGUACUGCUGUUUGCAUUAAAGUUGUGUGCGCCCCACGUUGGGUCUCACAAGUGUAAUUUCCAAA